GGCGGCCGCGCUGAGUCCCGACCACCGGGAGCGCGCUGGGCCGAAGUGGCCCGCGCCGCGGCCGCUUGGCGACAUGUCGGCGGUCAAGGAAAACCCGUGCAGGAAAUUUCAGGCCAACAUCUUCAACAAGAGCAAGUGUCAGAACUGCUUCAAGCCCCGCGAGUCGCAUCUGCUCAACGACGAGGACCUGACGCAGGCUAAACCCAUUUAUGGUGGCUGGCUGCUCCUGGCUCCAGAUGGCACUGACUUUGAUAACCCAGUGCACCGGUCUCGGAAAUGGCAGCGACGAUUCUUCAUCCUGUAUGAGCAUGGCCUUCUGCGCUACGCACUGGAUGAGAUGCCUACCACCCUCCCUCAGGGCACCAUCAACAUGAACCAGUGCACAGAUGUGGUGGAUGGGGAGGCCCGCACAGGGCAGAAGUUCUCCCUCUGCAUUCUGACGCCCGACAAGGAACAUUUUAUCAGGGCAGAGACCAAGGAGAUCAUCAGUGGGUGGCUAGAGAUGCUCAUGGUGUAUCCCAGAACCAACAAGCAGAACCAGAAGAAGAAACGAAAAGUAGAGCCACCCACCGCACAGGAGCCUGGGCCUGCUAAGAUGGCUGUCACAAGCAGCACUGGUGGUGGCAGUGGCGGCAGCAGUAGCAGCAUUCCCAGUGCCGAGAAAGUUCCUACCACCAAAUCCACACUCUGGCAGGAAGAAAUGAGAGCCAAAGACCAGCCUGAUGGGAACAGCCUGAAUCCAUCUCAAAGUCCCAGCCAAAGCCUGCCUCCUGCUGCUUGCACCCCACGGGAACCAGGGCCAGAAAGCAAAGAAGAUGAAAGCACCAUGAGUGGGGACCGUGUGGAUAGUGGUCGGAAAGUACGGGUAGAGAGCGGCUACUUCUCCCUGGAGAAGGCCAAGCAGGACCUGAGGGCUGAGGAGCAGCUGCCUCCACCACUUUCUCCACCCAGCCCCAGCACCCCACACAGCAGGUAUGGUUGUCCUGGAUCGCCUUCACAGGAACUCGGCCACCCCCUUCACUCCCCAGGUCUUCCAGCCCCAAGUCGCAUGGUCUACAGCAUCUGCCCUGACAGCAUGGGUGAGGCCAACAGGCCGCCCAACCACUUGGACUCCAGCAGUGCUGGGGGGUGGGGAACAGAGAUACUGGGGAGCACCUUUGCCUUUAAAGCCAGCAGGCAGUAUGCCGCCCUGGCCGACGUCCCUAAGGCCAUCCGGAUCAGCCAUCGAGAAGCCUUCCAGGUGGAGAGAAGGCGGUUGGAGCGUAGGACUCGGGCCCGGAGCCCUGGCAGGGAAGAGGUGGCCCGUCUGUUUGGCAACGAGCGGAGGAGGUCCCAGGUAAUUGAGAAAUUUGAGGCCUUGGACAUUGAAAAGGCAGAGCACAUGGAAACCAACAUGCUGAUUAUGACCACUCCAUCAAGUGACACUCGUCAGGGCCGCAGUGAGAAACGGGCCAUCCCUAGAAAGCGGGACUUUGCCAGUGAAGCCCCCACAGCUUCUCUCUCAGAUGCUUGUCCCCUGUCUCCACACCGAAGAGCCAAGUCAUUGGACAGGAGGUCCACAGAAUCCUCCAUGACGCCUGACCUACUGAAUUUCAAGAAAGGCUGGCUAACCAAGCAGUAUGAGGAUGGCCAGUGGAAGAAACACUGGUUUGUCCUGGCCGAUCAGAGCCUGAGAUACUACAGGGAUUCCGUGGCUGAGGAGGCAGCUGACCUAGAUGGAGAAAUAGACUUGUCCACCUGUUAUGAUGUCACCGAGUAUCCAGUCCAGAGAAACUAUGGCUUUCAGAUUCAUACCAAGAAGGGUGAGUUCACCCUGUCAGCCAUGACAUCUGGCAUACGACGGAACUGGAUCCAGACCAUUAUGAAACAUGUGCUCCCAGCAUCUGUCCCAGAUGUGACCAGCUCAUUGCCUGAGGAAAAGAAUAAAAGCACACCUUCUUUUGAGACCUGCCCGAGACCAAAUGAGAAGCAAGAAGCUGAGCCAGGAGAGCCAGAUCCUGAGCAAAAGAAGAGCCGUGCUCGAGAGCGGAGGCGGGAGGGCCGCUCAAAGACGUUUGAUUGGGCUGAAUUCCGCCCCAUUCAACAGGCCCUGGCUCAAGAAAGGGCCAACACUGUGGGGUCCCCUGAUGCUGGUGAACCUGGGCGUCCUGAAGCCGAGCCAGGUGAGCUGGAGCGUGAACGAGCCCGAAGGCGAGAAGAGCGCCGCAAGCGCUUUGGGAUGCUGGAAACCGCUGAUGGGCCAGGUAUGGAAGAUACAGCCCUACGUAUGGACGUAGACCGGAGCCCAGGGCUGCUGGGAGCCCCUGACCUCAAGACACAAAAUGUCCAUGUGGAAAUUGAGCAGCGGUGGCACCAAGUGGAGACUACCCCUCUCAGGGAGGAGAAACAGGUGCCUAUUGCUCCUCUGCACCUAUCCUUGGAGGACAGAAGUGAACGACUCUCCACACAUGAGCUCACCUCUCUGCUAGAGAAAGAGCUGGAGCAGAGCCAGAAAGAGGCCUCGGAUCUUCUAGAGCAGAAUCGGCUUUUGCAGGACCAGUUAAGGGUGGCCCUGGGCCGAGAGCAGAGUGCCCGGGAGGGCUAUGUGCUGCAGACUGAAGUGGCCACUUCCCCAUCGGGUGCCUGGCAGAGGCUCCAUAGAGUCAACCAAGACCUCCAAAGUGAGCUGGAAGCUCAGUGCCGGCGACAAGAGCUCAUCACCCAGCAGAUUCAGACGCUGAAACAUAGCUAUGGGGAGGCCAAGGAUGCAAUCCGGCACCAUGAGGCUGAGAUUCAAACCCUGCAAGCAAGACUUGGUAGUGCAGCUGCAGAACUGGCCCUUAAGGAGCAGGCUCUAGCCAAGCUCAAGGGUGAGCUGAAGCUGGAGCAGGGCAAAGUUCGUGAGCAACUAGAGGAAUGGCAGCACAGCAAGGCCAUGCUGAGUGGCCAGUUGAGGGCCAGUGAGCAGAAACUCAAAAGUACAGAAGCCCUACUGCUAGAGAAGACACAGGAACUGAGGGACCUAGAAACACAGCAGGCAUUGCAAAAGGACCGACAGAAGGAGGUGCAGAGACUGCAGGAAUGCAUUGCUGAGCUCAGCCAGCAGCUAGGUACCAGUGAGCAGGCCCAGCAUUUGAUGGAGAAGAAGUUGAAGAGGAACUACACAUUGUUACUGGAGAGCUGUGAACAGGAGAAGCAGGCACUUUUGCAGAACCUCAAAGAGGUAGAGGACAAGGCUAAUGCCUAUGAGGACCAGCUACAAAGCCAUGUGCAGCAGGUGGAGGCCCUUCAAAAAGAAAAACUGAGUGAAACAAGCAAAGGCAGUGAGCAGGUACACCAGCUAGAGGAAGAGCUGGAAGCCCGGGAGGCUAGCAUCCGCCAGUUAGCCCAGCACGUACAGAGCCUCCAUGAUGAACGGGAUCUCAUCAAGCAGCAAUUCCAAGAGCUCAUGGAACGUGUGGCCACAUCUGAUGGGGACGUGGCUGAGCUCCAAGAGAAGCUGAGGGGAAGAGAAGCUGACUACCAGAACCUAGAGCACUCACACCACAAGGUCUCUAUCCAGCUACAGAGUGUACGCACUCUGCUGAGAGAAAAGGAAGAAGAACUGAAGCACAUUAAGGAAGCACAUGAGAGAGUUCUAGAAAAGAAAGACCAAGACCUUAAUGAGGCUUUGGUUAAAAUGAUUGCCUUGGGCAGCAGCUUAGAGGAAACAGAAAUUAAGCUGCAGGAAAAGGAAGAGUGUCUAAGGAGAUUUGUAAGUGAUUCUCCAAAGGAUGCCAAAGAGCCUCAGAGUACGGCAGAGCAAACGGAGGAGGACCGUGGCAUUUUGCCCCUAGGCUCAGUCACCAGAGUAUUUCCAGGCUUUCCCCACUCACAGCCAGAGGAUGAAGACCCAGGUGCUGGCCUAGGGGAGGAAUGUAACAGUGGUAGCCCCAGCAGAGAGGAGAACAUGGUACCCCCAAAGUCUGCAGAUGUGCCUGACAGGGAUGGGCAUCUGCAAAGCAGCUCUAAGUCUGACCAGGGAGCACCUGUAAAAAGGCCAAGGAUCCGGUUCUCCACAAUCCAGUGCCAAAGAUACAUACACCCUGAGGGUUGUGCAAAGGCCUGGACUAGCAGCACAUCAUCAGACACCAGCCAGGACCAGUCACCCUCAGAGGACAGUGUGUCCUCAGAAGCUACCCCUAGCACACUCCCUGCAGCUGCAGAUGCUGAAACAUAUAUCUCUAUAAUCCACUCCCUGGAGACAAAGCUCUAUGUCACAGAGGAAAAGCUCAAAGACGUGACCGUGAGGCUGGAGAGCCAGCAGGGCCAGAGUCAGGAGGCAUUGCUUGCAUUGCACCAGCAGUGGGCUGGCACUGAGGCACAGUUGAGGGAACAACUCCGUGCCAGCCUACUACAGGCUAGUGCACUGGCCUCUCAGCUAGAGAAAGAGAGACAGGAGAAGGCAACAAACAUUGAACACCACUCUGGGGAGCUGGAAGACUUCCAAGCCAAAAAUAGCCAAGCCCUGACAUGCUUAGAAAACUGCUGGAAAAAGCUAAGGUCUCUGCCAUUUGCUGACCAGGAGGAGGGACAGGAUGCAUGUGCAGCCUCCCUGGCUAACAUAGAGAGUAUGCUUGUGAGUGCUAUAAAGGCCCUUCAGCCUUGGGAAUCCCCAUCAGAGAGCAGGACGCAGACUGAGCAAGAGACAAGGCAUCCCAUGGAAAGUGGUCUGACAACCCAUGUGCAGCAGCCCUACCAGCCCAUAUUGAAUGAGCAGGAACAUAGGAAGCUACUUUCUGCUCAGAUAGUUCUGGAGGCCUCACUUAUCAACCAAAUUGCUGACUCUCUAAAGAAUACCACUUCAGAUGUGUAUGGUGUUCUCCGUGAGCUUACUCAGUCAGGGGAGUGGCCUCUGAAGGAAGAAAGUACUGCCCUCUCUGCUGGGGCUCCAAUGGAGAUUUGGGCCAAGAAGGUACUGGUGAAUGGUGAGUUCUGGAACCAGGUCGAGUCCCUAAGUAAGCACCUAGGGACACUGGGAGAAGAAGCAGCCUGCACGUCAGGAGACAGGCAGCAGCAUAUUCCCCAAAGUCUGGCUGAUGCCACAUGGAUUCGUGCAGAGCUCAGCUAUGCCACACAAUCAUUAAGAGAAUUGUUCCACCAUAGGCUACAGAGCAUACAGGAGACCCUUCAGGGGACCCAGGCAGCCCUACAGCAGCACAAGUGCAUGCUGGGAGAAAUCUUGGGAGCCUACCAAACCCCAGACUUUGAAAGAGUAAUACAGCAGAUCUUAGAAACCCUCAGGCAUCCAACUGGCAGGGAGGACCAAGUACAAACAUCCUGGGACCAGAGCCCAUUAGGAGAGGUACUGAGGCCAGGCACAGAUGACUCCCAAGAGCCUUUGCAGGCUUUCCAUCAGAGCCCUGAAGUCCUUGCUGCCAUUCAGGAUGAGCUGGCCCAGCAGCUGAGGGAAAAGGCUAGCAUCCUUGAGGAGAUUUCAGCUGCCUUACCAGCCCUGCCUCCCACAGAGCAACUUGGGGGUUGCCAGAGGCUUCUGCAAAUGUCACAGCAUCUCUCAUAUGAUGCUUGUCUAGAGGGCCUUGGUCAGUAUUCUUCAUUACUGGUUCAAGAUGCAAUUAUUCAGGCUCAGGUGUGCUAUGCAGCAUGCAGAAUACGGCUGGAGUAUGAAAAGGAGCUGCGGUUUUACAAGAAGGCCUGUCAGGAGGCCACAGGGGCCUCUUGCCAGAAGCGUGCACAAGCAGUUGGAGCCCUGAAGGAGGAAUAUGAAGAACUUCUCCAGAAACAGAAGAGUGAGUACCAGAAGGUGAUCACCCUCAUUGAAAAGGAAAACACUGAGCUCAAGGCCAAGGUGAGCCAGAUGGAUCAUCAACAGAGAUGUCUACAAGAAGCAGAAAGCAAACACAGUGAAAGCAUGUUUGCCCUGCAGGGCAGGUAUGAGGAGGAGAUCAGGUGCAUGGUAGAGCAACUGAGCCACACUGAGAAUACACUGCAGGCUGAGCGUAGCCGGGUUCUCAGCCAGCUAGACGCUUCAGUCAAAGACAGGCAGGCCAUGGAACAGCAACAUGUGCAGCAAAUGAAGAUGCUGGAGGACAGGUUCCAGCUGAAGGUCCGGGAGCUACAGGCUGUCCAUCAGGAAGAGCUGAGGGCCUUGCAGGAACACUACAUAUGGAACCUGCGGGGAGCCCUCAGCCUCUGCCAACCCUCACACCCAGAUUCCCCACUGGCUCCCAGGCCAUCUGAACCCAGAACUGUGCCAACAGCCAAGGAUGAGGCUGAAUCCAUGACAGGACUACGAGAACGUAUCCAGGAGUUGGAGGCCCAAAUGGAUGUCAUGCGAGAGGAGCUGGGCCAUAAAGAGCUGGAGGGUGAUGUGGCCACCUUGCGGGAGAAGUACCAACGGGACUUUGAGAGCCUCAAGGCUACAUGUGAGCGAGGCUUUGCUGCCAUGGAAGAGACACACCAGAAGAAGAUUGAAGACCUACAGAGGCAACACCAGCGGGAGCUGGAGAAGCUGCGGGAGGAAAAGGACCGCCUCCUGGCUGAGGAGACAGCUGCCACCAUCUCAGCCAUUGAAGCCAUGAAGAAUGCUCACCGGGAGGAGAUGGAACGGGAGUUAGAGAAGAGUCAGCGGUCUCAGAUCAGCAGCAUCAAUUCGGACAUUGAAGCCCUGAGGCGGCAGUACCUGGAGGAGCUGCAGUCAGUGCAGAGGGAGCUGGAGGUUCUUUCGGAGCAGUACUCCCAGAAGUGCCUGGAGAAUGCACACCUGGCCCAGGCGCUGGAGGCCGAGCGGCAGGCCCUGCGGCAAUGCCAGCGUGAGAACCAGGAACUCAAUGCCCAUAACCAGGAACUAAAUAAUCGCUUGGCUGCAGAAAUCACACGGUUGAGGACACUACUGACUGGAGAUGGUGGCGGCGAGUCCACUGUGUUGCCACUCACACAGGGGAAGGAUGCCUAUGAGUUAGAGGUCUUGUUGCGGGUCAAAGAGUCAGAAAUACAAUACCUGAAGCAGGAGAUCAGCUCCCUCAAGGAUGAACUCCAGACAGCCUUGCGGGAUAAGAAGUAUGCUAGUGACAAGUACAAAGACAUCUAUACAGAGCUUAGCAUUGCAAAGGCCAAAGCUGACUGUGAUAUCAGCAGGUUGAAAGAGCAGCUGAAAGCAGCCACAGAGGCCCUGGGCGAGAAAUCUCCUGAAGGCACUACUGUAUCAGGAUACGACAUAAUGAAAUCUAAAAGCAAUCCUGACUUCCUGAAAAAAGACAGAUCCUGUGUUACCCGGCAACUCAGGAACAUCAGGUCCAAGUCCGUAAUUGAGCAGGUCUCAUGGGAUAACUGAGUCGCGCCCGCUUCCAAGUCCCCUGUCGUAGUCUGAAGGAAGGCCUGACGGUGCAGGAGCGCUUGAAGCUCUUUGAAUCCAGGGACUUGAAGAAAGACUAACUGCAUCCUGUCCCACCUGACACAUCCUUCCCAGCUGGUGGCAGCACAAGCCAAGUGUGGCUUUCAUCUGCAUCUGUGCUUUUCACUGUUGCCAUCAUUAACUGUGGGUAUGGAUGCAUGAGAGACUGCUGUGUGGGGUGUUUGCUCCAUCCCUUCCCUGUUGAUUCCAACUUCUCAUUGUCUGUAUCACAGCUUUUCCCAUGGUAUUCUCGGAUUAGUCACACUCAAGCAGCAGUGGGGAGGGCUUCCCCACUGACAUCUGAGCAGGACCCCUUUGUCCUCCCACCACACUCACUGUCAGUAUUAAGGCACAGCAGCCUGUUAAUAAGCUAGCCCUGCCUCAGAUUAUACAUGUGGGGACCUGCCAUUGGCUCUGUUCUACCGCACACAGCUGAGCACCACCCCUGCUGGUUAGAGCAGAACCGCUGAAUGUUCUAGUCUGGCCUGGUUGUGGAGGGGCCUUGGAUAGUGUCCAGCCUGCCCCCCAUUUCCUUUCGACCUGAGAGGACAGCAUUUUGUAUUUGGCCCACUGAUGCAGCUUAUAACCAUAUCCCAGAUAAUCCUGGCAAAUCUUUCACAACCUGGAAAAUGUUGAAAGCAACCAAUCCUAUUUUGGUUUUUUAUUAAAUCUUGCACAAAAGCCCCGGCCCCUCUCAUUCCUUCCUCCGCUCGUGCCUCCCUUGCUAUGAUAACCCUGGUCUAUUGGUGGCUGGGAAUGGUGACCUGCAGCCUGCACCUUCAGGCUUGUCAAGUGUGAUGAUCCUUCCCCAGGUCAUCUAGAGGAGAGAAACUGCUGGGUUUUAACCUGUCUGAAAAGAAGUUGUCAAUGUUGCUUGGGGAAGGGAUGAGAGGAGACCUGUUGUCAGGGCUGGUAAGAAGAUCAGCAUGUGCUCAGGACUCCAGUCUGCGCUCUGGGAGGUUCCCUUGAGGUGUCUGCUUCUCAUGGAGCCAUUACAGGGAGCCUGUGCUAACAAGUUUGCUUUUCUAGCUAGCUGAACAGGACCUUUCUAACUACCCAAAGCAUUCUACAUUGUUUCCUUAAAAUUUCUGUUCUCAUUAAAAAAAAAAAUCAUACUAUAAGAUGCAGCACACAAAAAAGCCCCAUGUCAGAUCCCACUGUCCUGAGUCCCAAGUCCCUGGCUCGAACUUCUACUUUGUGUUGAGUGGGUCAGAUGGUCUCUGGGUACACAAGUUCAACUCAUGUAUGAAUCCCUUCUGUCAGUUUUACAGGACUUGAUGUUCAAGGCCAUCCAAUGUCCAGCUGGCCUUGAAGUAGACAGGCAAAACUCCAAGAUACCUGCUUUAUUGUCAUAUCCAAGUGCACUGCUAGCCAACAGACAAGCCCUGGCUACAUCCUUUGCACAGAUUUUUAAGUUCCUCACUGGCACAUGCUGCUCAGUUGCUAUUUAUGUUUUCAGCAUUGGGCGAGUCAGAUCUGUUGAAAAUAAGUUGCUGCUGAAACAGUGUUUUUAGCUCAGAGUGGUCCACACAGUAGCAUGUGCAUGGCUGGGAUUCAGGAGCUAUAGUUUUAUGUUGAGGACUACUGUUCUCUCUGGUGUGGUUCCUUUGCAACUGUCCUGCUGCCCUUGGGGCUCUCUGGCCCCAGUGAAAUCAUCUUCCUGCCAUGCCACAGAACCUUCUGAAGAUGACAAGCCUACAGGUCAAAAGAACAUUUUUUGCUCUUCGCCUCAGAACCCUUGGACAUGACCUUUGCUAAACACAGUACCUUCGAGUCAGAGACAAGGGUUGGGAGAUAAGCUGUACCUAUCUCAUCUGCCACUCACGCUCCCACUGAAGGCUCACUUGUGCCAUGAUACAGUUAACUCUGCUCUAGGGCUGAUUUCAUGUAUAGGUGUUUGACACAGUACAAGGGUACCUGGAUUAUCUCCCACUCUCCAAGCCACUCUGAGCAGUAAUGUGAAUCAGGGUGCAUCUUGAGUUUCUUGGCGGUGACUUCUGGCAGAAGUAAACCAGGAAAGAAGCUGGUCUUCUGUGUCCCUGGUGGCCAUGCAGGCCCAUUGCAGCAUUUUAUUUGGCCUGCUGCUGUCCUCUGUCAAUUUCCUUCCCGCAGACUUCGCCAGGCUCACUUUUGCCUGACCUCCUUAACAGGCAUCCCAUUCCCUGGAAAGAAGCUGAAGGUGGUAUAUUCCAGAGAGGAGGCAUCAAAUGUACAAGUAGAGUUGGUCUUGAUAUCAGUAGAAGACGAUGCUUACUGAGUUUGGAGUAGUGUAGAUCAAGAAGCCUCAAGACUACUCCCAGCCCAAACAUCAGUGGCAUGCUUUCUCCAUAUCAUGGUGGGAGCAGUAUUAAAAUUUACUUCAUAAUUUUAUUUUCUUGUAAAUACACAUUUGUAAUCUGCAAGCAAACUGCCAUUACAGGGAAUCUACCUGACAUCAUUAGACAACCAAUGUGAACACAUGCUUAAAUUACAUCCUGCAUAUAUGUGGUGUCCAGCAGCUGAGCAGAGAACAUGUUUGUCACACAGGGCUGCAGAUUUUCCAGUGUGGUUGUGUCCGCAGAGCCAGGGCCAUAAUGGGAAGCCCAUUGUUUCAGGCAUACCAGAAGAGGCCAGGACCUCAUGAAGUAGGGAAUUCCAGAGGGAAGAAGGCUGGGAAUGUGUAAAUUCACUGAGAGAAAGCUGAAGUCAGAGUUGACCCUCCACAGGAUCCAUCAGAACACUACUGAACUGGGUGUAAUGGUAUAUGCCUGUACUCUUGCACUAAGGGCUCCAAGUUCCAGGUCAGUCUGGACUAUAUAACAAGGUUCUGACUCAAAAUACAGAUGGGCUAAGGGUAUGUAUAGCUUAAUAAUCAUAGAACCACCUACCUAGCAUAUGUAAGGCCUAGGAUUCAACUACAGCACUACAAAAAACAUACUUGUGAACUUCAGAAUAUGUGUCAAAAAGGAGCCUAAGAGAUUUAACUAGGAAAAAAAAUGGUGUUAAAGAUAUUUGAUGGGAUGUGUACUACUGUUAACUUCCCUACAAAGGGAGAUGGUGCACUGACUUCUACCCUGGUACUACAGAGAACUGAACACACUCCUCAUUGCGGGCACUUAUCUGAUGCUGAGGGAAGUGGCUGGAUACCGCAUAGCCUGCACUGUUUGUGUGAACCUGCAGGCCUGUCCCACACACCAAGUGGUCUUUCUUCUGACCUCCAACCAUACCCUGGCUCCCAAAAACAGGCUGGAUAAGAACCCAGAGGUCCCAUGCAACCUGACAUCAGGGAGAACUCUGGAGUUCCCACUCCUGCUUCCAUGUAUGUAUCCAAUGCAAACUGCAUACCAAAGUUGGCUGGCAGCUACAGGGAGACUCAGCCCCCAAAUGCACAAUCACACCCAGUCCCUAGCUUCUGCUGGUAGAGGGACAGUUACCUUCCAGCUGACUGACAUAUACCUUGCAAAGCAUAGACUACCAGUGCAGGGAUGCAUACAGCCUUUCUCAAGGGAGCGCUCAGCCUUUCCUGUAUAUUAGCAAGUAACAUUAAGUAUUUCUGAGACAUGAUACGGAGAUUUCAGUGCAACGUUUGUUUUUUAAAACAUCUUAUCUAGACAUCCCUUUGGGGGGAGGGGGUGUAGGGCAGUGUUGGAUUCAGUGUAAACCCCACUCAAACAUCAGAAGACCAUGAAUUAGCGAGAUAUGGUAGCUCUCACAUUCAAUCCAGCACUUGGGAGGCAAAGACAAAGUUAAGUUUAAUUAAGGCCAGCCUGGUGGUCUACCUAGUGAGUCCCAGAGGACUCAGACUACACAAUGAAACCUUAUCUAAAAAUAAUCCAAACAACAAAAAAAAUGAGUUAUUAACUAGUCUUCUUAAGGGUUUUGCAGAGUGUGCCUGACCCACAUUUGUAGCAAGCCCUUAGCAGUGCCCUGGUUCUUACCAAAAGUUCUCAGAGACUCCAGUAGUGUCACUCAAGGAAAACCAGGACUAAAUGAGGCACUUUCGGCACCCAGCCUUCAGGUUUCUUAGUGUUUUUGUUAGGGGAGCUGGCUGGGAUCAUAGGUCUAGGUGCCUAGCUUCUGAUAGAACUGCAGGUCUGGGUUGUGCAGGAGCAGCCUGGUCACCAGUCUCUAUCUAGCUGCCUGGAGAGAGAGAGAGAGAGAGAGAGAGAGAGAGAGAGAGAGAGAGAGCGCGAGAGAGAGAGCGAGCGAGCGAGCGCGAGUGCACACACAUGAGCUGGAGUCCAGGAAGCUCCCUGGUUCUAUUUCUGUGACACUGGUAAGGAGCAAGCCCAUCAGUAGAGAGUUUAAAAACUGGACAGUUCAGAACUGAAGGACUUCAGGGCCUCUCCAAUUUCUGUGGGUCACAGGUGGGUCUGGCGCAGCUUCCAUGGCCACCAUCAUUUGCUGUAAGAGGUGCAAUUAUAAGAAUCCUAGCUGACACAGCCCACUCCAGCUUGCCAGUCAACAUGCCCUUGGCUCAUUUCUGCUUUAGAAGUUAGUCGUACCACACAUCUAAUUUUAUUUUAGCUAGGAAUAGAUCGUAAAGAACACUAAACUCAGUAUUAGUUUCUAUCACAAACUUCAAUUUAAAUGAAUUUUAAAUUACUGUAAGCUUUACCUUUGGUUUUAAUACCAGGAUUCAAAACCAGUUCUGUGGUACUUAACCAGUGUGGCUUUCUGUAGGUGCUGUGUACAAUAUACUGUAAGCAUCGCAAUCACAGUGGCUCCUUGACAAUCAGAACUCUAGGUGACCUCCCACUACAGCUGCUUGACUGGGGCUGAGAUGCAUGUCUGCGAACAGAGCACCACACAGGGCCACUUCGCAGCAAUCACAGGCUUGUGCCAUCUCACCUGGUAUUGAGUUUCUGUUGCGAUACAAUUUGGUUGCCAGACUAAAUACUGUAUGUAGAAGGAAAUGGAGCCUCACUGAGCCAGGGAGGCUGUGAGCACAGCUGUCCAGAACCAGCUUAGGCCUCAGUGUAUGUGCACAGGGUGUGGCCUUCCUCCAGAUAAAGUAUCCCCUAACUCAAACUUCUUAUGGUCCAGUGUGAGGUGUUCACUACAACUGAAAUGUUAAUUUGUAGAAAUAUUUAUUCCUUUGUGUGACAAGCUAGAGUCCUUGGCUGUAGCUAACCAUUUUUAUUGUGUAAAUACUGCUUGAUUUUACAUGAACUGUAUCAUAAUAAACUAUUUUUGCAUUGCC